UUUGUUUGUAUAUUAUGGGUAUUUAUUUAUCUGUCUUGUGUUGUUUGAUUGCUUGUGACUUCCUUUUUUUUUUUGCUGAUGCUUUAUGGACGUCUCUGAUGUUUGUUGUGUACCUUUAUCGACUUUCAUAUGUGUCAGUGUUGUGUUGAUAUUGUCAUUGGUUGCUGUGACAUGUUGACUUUCCCCACUGUGGGACCAAUAAAGGCCAGAUAAUCUAAUCUAAUCUAAUUUAAUGAUAAAUGGCCAUGUGGAUAACCAAUAGUACUUUAGAUUGGAUGUCACAGGUUAUCAGUUCUUUAACAAGUUAAACAUUCACUGCUGUCAUGAUCGGGCUCUUUUGGUUUGUUUGGUUUUAUCAACCUUAUAUUGCUCGUACGACAUUAAGUUAAACCAGAGUAGCAAGUCUCUAUGAAGAAAGCAGUCUUCAUUCCUAUGCUCCCUCAUUCAUGGUCAAGCAUCUACUGUACAUAGGCUGCAGGAUUGGGAUGUUUUCACAAAGUGAUCUGUGUUUUCCUAGGGAGUAUAUUGAAAAAACACGUUUGCUUUAUUGAACAUAAAGGCAGGCAAAGUAUGUAAUGAUGCAACCUGAGUGUUCUCGAGUCAGUUUCAGCUAAAGUACACACAGAGAUAAAAGUAUUAUUAAAAUGUAACUUAUUAUUUCAUAUGUAAUAGAAAGGAAAGAAACGUACAAGGUGUCUUAUCAUUUCUAUUAUUUUAUUGGGAAAUAACCAUGGACUCGAGGUCGGGCAGAUUUCCGUUUUGUGUCUCCCGCACAACACCUUUAAACCCGUCUGGCUUGACAGCUUCGUCCAGCCGGUUGUACGGCAGAGAGACGUCCCUGACUAGUGACCGCUUUCCAAGGGCAUCGUCGACGUUCAAAACAGAACGACACCAGCCGCCUUCUCAUGUUCCGGGCUACUCUUCCCGAGAUUACAGCAGCUAUGACAGUGGCCUCAGCAACUGGAGGUCGCCCUCCUCUUUAACUUCUACCAAUAGGUCUUACGACCGGCUGUUGACGGGAUCCUCCUACAGCAGCAGGAGCAAACAGACUGAUUCCGAGGAUAGGUUGGGGAUGCGUUCAGGUCUGUUGAAUGUCAAUGAUGAUGGGGAUUCGAAAAGGGCCAAACUGACGUACGCCAACAGAGGACUGUACACAAGAACCACCCCUGAUUCAGGGUCCAACUAUUCCAGCAGUGCACUAAGAAGUGGCGGAGGCCUGAGUGACAGUUACGAGCCGUCGUGGACCUCGAGCCGUUUGAUCACACGCUCGUCAUCGCCAGCCUCAAAGCCACUUCUGUCCAGGAGGGAGGUGGAGACCAAGACUGAGUCCAGCUACUCCGGUCUGGCAGAAAGGAAAUUCAGGAACCCGGAGCGGACUUCUUCUCUGUACCAAAGUGAGAGAGUGACGUCCACGUAUGCGCAGGGAGCUCGACCAAAAGAGAGCAUCUACUCUUCAUCGAGGAGAGAAAGCUCUCGAUCCUCCCACCUUUCACCAUUGUCUUCAUCCUCCUCCUCCACUUCAUCCUCACCGACUCCCUACCGGUCCACAGCUCUGACUCGUGACUUCAGCAGCAGGAGCCCCUCCACUCUCAGUGGCUCAUCCGGCCUUCGUUCAUCUCAGGGCCAAACCAGAAAUCUAUCCUGCCCGCCUUGGUACUCCCUAAACCGACCCGAACCUCCUGCGCCGCCACGGCCCGCCCCAGAAGAUGCAGAACCAGAGGACCACCGCUCCACCCGUCGCCUCCUGUCGCGCCUCUUUUCACGCCACACCAGCCUAGAGUCUUCCAGUCGAUCGUCCAGUCCAUCACUGGGGCCGGAAUAUGUAGAAAGCGAUGCGAGGACCAGAAACCCAGAAAUGGGGGCAACAUCUGGCUGGAACCGCAAGCCGGACCUCUCUGAAGGGUAUCAGGGUUUACCGCACUCCAGCUUGCUGUCACCACGGGAGCCAGAGGCGACCAGAAGUACCGACUCUACCGAUGAAGUUAGCCGCUCCCCAGCCAGCCGGACCUCCUCGCUGCGGGCGCGCUGCCCUCCGCUCCUCUCUCGUCUGAGAAGACACGCCAUGAACGAGAGCACACACGCUUCUGCAGGUCGCCAGGAUGGUUAUGGCCUCCCACAGCCAAAGGAGGAGGAUACGUCUAAAGCGUCAUCCGAGGAAGAGGACGACGAGGAAGAGGAGGAGGAGGAAGAAGGGGCAGUCGGGCUUGAUGUCUUUCAGAACCGUCGUCCUUAUAUCCCGGCUGCAGAGUUGUCUGGUGUGGUGGAGGCGGCGCUUCAAUUCCAGCCGCGCAUCAGAGUUGGCAGUUUGGAAAACCCACCCACCUCUGACAAGCCUCAGUCCAGCGUGGAUCAGGAGAAGCUCCAGAAGAUUAAGGAAAGGCUUCUCCUGGAGGACUCGGAUGAGGACGAAGGAGACCUGUGUCGUAUCUGCCAGAUGGGGCAGGAGUCGGCCUCCAACCCACUGAUCCAGCCGUGCUGCUGCACAGGAAGUCUGCAGUACGUCCACCAGGAGUGUAUCAAGAGGUGGCUGUGUUGCAAGAUCAGCUCAGGCACAGCCCUGGAUCUCAUCACCACCUGUGAGCUGUGUAAAGAGAAGCUGCGUCUGGAAAUGGACAACUUUAAUGUCCAGGAGCUGCACAGGACUCAUGUGCAGUCCGAGUACGACAACUUCAUCAGCAGUGGACUCUACCUGGUGGUGCUGCUGCAUUUCUUCGAACAGAGGUUCACGGACGUCCUGGGAGCUGUCGAUGCAGCCGGGUUGUUCAACCUGGUGAGAAUCCUUCAUGAUCACGUGGAGUCUCUGGAAUCGUCACGAGGAGACACAGACGAGGCGGAAGACAGCAGGCCGUCCAUUGAUUUCUCUGACCUGGACGACGACCUGGAGGAUUACUGAUGACAGCGUUCCUGCUCUUCUUGCUCAUCGUCCGUUUGGCGGACGGCUUUAUUUAUGCAGACUUGAAUUUCUGUUGGGUAUCUGAGCACUUUACUGAGUCAAAAUUGAUUUUCUAUUGUACCAAAAGUGCUUUAAGGCAGACAGGAGACGGUGGUGAGACGUGUCAUAUGGAGGGUUAUAAGGUUCUACCCUUGUUGUGGUGUUUAGGAUCCCCCCACCCCCACCUUUCUACUCAAACAGCACUUAUAUUUUGGUUGAAGGAUGGAUGUAAAAACUGGGGAUUUUAAUUUCAAAUAAAGAUCAUACGCUCAGUACACGGAGGAAUUAUUCACUUUACUUUUGAUAUCCAGCGACGUCCCAAUGAAUCCUCGCAAUGACAGAGAACCUGUCCUGAUCUCCGUCAUGGUGUGAAAAGAAUUUGUCCGAGGAGGCAGUCUGAACACCAAACACUUUGCUUCUAAGAAACUCACUGACUCAAGUCAGCCAAGACAUGUCAUCAAUCCAGCGUGUUCCGGGUCCCAAAUCUGCCUCCCAGCUGGACGCCUCCUGACCCAAGCCACCCCAACGGUUUUCUCUCAAUGUGGACUGUUCUCCUGAACCACAUAAAUAAUAAUAUAAAUAACAUAGAAACGACCAUGAAAAGAGGACAGAAGGUUUUAUUUGGUGUUAACCAACCUGAGUGAAUCCUGCAUCAAUCGCAUCAAAGACCUGAACCAUAAACACAACUCUCUUAAACAUUCAUCUUUGGUGUCGUCUCGAGAAAAUAAAACCUAAAACAUAUUUACAUGGUCAAUAAAAGCCAGUGCAACUCUGCGAGAGACGAUCUCGUGUUCUAAAGUGCGUUCUUGCUCAGUAGUUAAGUGCAUCGCGACUCGUGGCUUUAGAUUCCGGCACUUGUUGAGCUCAUCACCACAACAAAACUCAGAUGAUAGAAUGACGCAAAAGAGCAGAGGGUUAAAAUGAAGUAAGCAUUUUGCUAAAAGCAAGUAAGACCUGUGGGAAAAAGAUCUCUUCAAACCCUGCAGAUUUCACCUUUACAAAGCUACUACUGUAAAAAAAAAAAAAGUCUUACAAAUACACAUGGAAGAAGGCAGGAGAUGGUCGAUCUUUUCAAGUGAGUUGAGGUUAAAAUAGACGUCCAGUAUCGGCAGAUAACAUCAGUAGAGCGAGCACUUCAACAGCUGUGGGAAAAGCUAGCUCCUGCAGCACAACAAACAUGGCCUCUUUGAUCAAUCUGGCUACAACUACGCCAGCUAGCGCAUUCUUUUCAACCACCAAGUAAAAAAAAGAAA